GUCAAACCAGAUGAGUAAAAUUUUAAUACUGGUUAAUAACAAAGGAAAAUAGGUUCUCGAUGGCAACGGACAAACAAAAUGCUUAACUUGUCUAAAAAAAGAAAAAGCGAUUAUUUUGAUCUGUGCCAAAAAACAAAGGUUCGUUUUGAUUUGAAAAACAUCUCUAAAUGGAAUAACAAACUUUAAGGUUAAGUUUUUCUAAAUAAAUUGAAUCAUGGUGAUACUGGAUAUAAAUAAUCUCGUCCAAGAUCUAGAGAAGCAGGAAUUAGAGUCGAGUAAUGGGAUAGCGACGGCACAAGUGUACGCACAGUUACUCAGUAUUUAUUUAUACCAGAACGAUUUGUGUAACGCAAAGUUUUUGUGGAAACGAAUCCCCGCUAAUAUAAAAACCUCCAAUCCGGAAUUGGGCCACAUAUGGUCAGUGGGUAAAUCUUUGUGGAUGAAAGAUUUUCCGGCCACAUAUAAAGCUUUAAAUGCCGUCAAUUGGCCGGAAACAGUUGCGGAUAUUAUGAGCCAAGUACAAGCGGUUGUAAGAUCCAGGGCGGUGGAUUUAAUUUCUCAGGCCUAUUCAUCCAUAACACUGGAGACAGUAUCGGCAAUGACAGGAUUGUCCUUUGAUCUUUGCCUGAACGCUUGCAAAGAAAAGGGUUGGCGUUUCGAGCCCGAUUCGAACAUAGUUUAUCCGGUCAGGCAAACUCCGGAACCUGUAGUUCAAACAAGCAGCGAAGAUCAGUUGUAUAAAUUAACAGAUUUCGUCUCUUUCCUUGAAAAUUAACUGUCUUCUCUGUAAUUUAUGAUAGCAAGUAGAAAUAAAUAAGAAACAAACAAGAGAUCUAUCAGGUUUUUAAUAAACAAGAACUCAAUGUAUCUGGUAUUUAUAGUGAUCUAUGCAGUC